GUUUUCAGUUUUAUUUCUAAGCAAAAAACACACAUGCAAUGUCACCUUGGCUGAUAUUGCCCCAGCGGAUGUUUUUCUUCCCUUUCCUUGUUUCUAUCUAAAUUACAAGAUCUUCGAAGAAUUAGAACGGAGCACCAUGCGCGAAUUCAUGUGUUUAUUAAACAUCCAUGCCGGUUAAGAACAGGCAAAGUCACCUUGCAUCCUAUUUACAGGAACUUGAUUAUUUGUGAAGGAAAUUAGUUGCAGACAAUUUCACGUUAAAAACGUGAAUCAGAUCAGAUGACCGGGCGGUACACAUUGAGCUGCUGACACUGGUUGGAAACUGACCUAACCGACAGUACUGUUAUUGAUGGCCUUUUAUUGUACCUAAUUUAGAUUUUGUUUCCAAGCUUAAAAUGAAGUAUUCGGCGGCCAACGUGGUAGCAGUUGUCUUACUCUCCGGCACCAUAUCACUGAUUUCAUGUUGUCAGAGAGGGCGAGUAACCAGGGUGCGUGCACCCCCUAAGCCGCGACCACCGCCACCACCGGCACCCCCUCCACUAACUAUCAAAAACUGUCCACCUUCGAGGACCGUCUUCACGAGUCUGGGUAAGCUAUCAGCGAGGGUGCCCCCAAACCCACCUGUCUAUGACUCUUUUAAUCAACUGGCGGUUCAGACAUCAGGUCCCAACUUGAACGACUUACUUCCACCUGGAAAGCACCAGAUAACUUACAGGGCUACUGACAAAUACGGCCGUGAGGCUAUAUGCAGACAAAGCAUCACUGUAGAAAUUGCGCGUUGUUCUGGUCUCCCAGGCGUCCCUGCAAAUGGCAGUAUAAGUUGCGAUCCUAAGCUCCAAACCCUGGCUGGAACGCAGUGUUUCUACAGCUGUGACAACUAUUUUCAGAUGGCUGGGGACGCCCAGACAAGAUGCCUCUCCGACGGAACUUGGUCCAGUUUGAUGCCAAAAUGCAAAAAGAAAUGCGAAGAUCCCAUAAUGCAAGGUCAAAAUGGAACGAUCGUCUGCUCCGGUUUUCCUAUAAGAAUUUGCCUCGUCGUUUGUCAUAAAGGGUAUGAACUGUCAGAGAAUCUCUCAAGAGGGGGUGGUUACAUCUAUUGUUCUGCAGACGUGGGGGAGUGGAGCCACAAUGCACAAGAUGGCUGUGUGAAAUCCAGUUUUUUGCUCGAAAGUAUCACCAGUCCAAUGGCAGACCCCCAACAUCACAUAGAGCAAACGAUUAAAAUUCUGAAACUUGGCACUUGAUAUGUAUAAAAGCGCGUGUUUUCAAAAAGUGCUUUUUUUUUACUGAGAUCACAUGUAUUGAUAAACAAGGCGUUUUUUAUCGUUUAUAUAAACUGUCUUUGGAAGUUACAUUGUAGUUCCUUCCAUAAAGGUAGUGUCUAGCAUCGUUGCACUUUGAAAGUG